UUACUGGCCAAUUGUUUUUCAGUGGGCAAAUAAAAAGUGAGAAAAAGUGGAAAAGGUGGGUUAUUGCUGGCUCGUGGCUCAGUGUGAGAUACGUACGCAGAGCGCGCGCCCGCUCCCGUGCCCGCCGCCAUUACCGACGACCAACAACCAACCGCCGCGACGAAACGUUGACACGUUCCAUUUCCGAUUUCGAAACGUUUCAAUUCGAAAUUUGAAAUUAGUGAAUGAAUGAGUGAAUGUGUUGUGAUCGUGCUGCGUAAACUUAUUGUUUAUUCUGUGUUUAGUGUUCUAUACGAUUUGUUUGAAAUUAAAAAAAAAAUGCGCAUAUACUUCGAUCUCGAGCUCAGCUGAUAUGACGAAAAACAUAGACCCACCAUCAUCCUCAUCCGUUCAGCUUUUAAGAAGAACGAAAUUACACAGGUGCACAAUGUGGUGGCAACAGUGGUAGAAGAGAAGAGGGCGGCCGGAUGCGGCCCGCGCGCCCCCGUCCGCCCGCAGCCUCCGUCACCCAACGCCGUCCGCACAACGCACUAUGCGCAUGGCAAGUGCCCUGCCCACUCUGCUCGCGGUGCUGUGUGGUGCAGUGGCGGACGCUGGCGACGAGAUCGCAAACGUGAGCCGCGUGCGCCGAGCACCUCACAUCUCGCACCGCAUCACGAUAGAAAAAGACGAUAUGUCGUGGAAGCGGUCCCACUGGCGGGAGAUGCAGCUUAUUCUCCAGCAACAGGGGACGCGGAAGGACGGUCAGUCCCCAGAGACGCAGAAAGAAGGCGUCGACUGCUGCCCCUCGGUCCUCGAAAUGGUCAUCAAGAAAGGAGGCCGGACGGUCAACGGACUGUAUGUUGAGCUCUACGAAGACGGAGAGAACAAGCAGCGGCUGUUCGAGCUGACGUGUGCACCGGGGAUCGUGGACAUGCCGUGCCGGUUCAUCGACGCAAGACUCUACAACGACUCGAGAUGCGUCCAAAAAUACUCCUACUCGUACGCGUUAGUACGGCCUCCCCCCCAGUCUUCGGCCACGGAAUCUCCUCACCAGAAGUCCGAGGGACAUUUCUCGGUGCCCGGCUCCGAUGGCUGGUCGAUGGACUACGUGAAAGUGCGUGCUGGUUGUGAGUGCCAAAUUAAACCUCCAAAGAACACUCGUAAGAGACACAAGAAGAGGAAACGUAACAGAAGAAUAGUUGAGAACGAUGAGACCUGACACCGUCGGUGCGUAAUUGUGAACCAGUGGGAUAAUAGUGAGAACUGAUCGAGAGUUUACGGUGUGCUUCGUACUGAUGGUAGGGGAUUUGCGAAAUCAAUUAAUACAAACGUUACCGGAAUAUUUUUGUUGAGUAUUUUGGUGUUAUUUCGGUGUUUGUCGAUAUUUAUUAUUAUCGGGAAAAUAUUUAAAACUAUUUUUUUUUGUCUUAGUAGCUAUUAUCGAUUUAUUGGAUAAUGUGCCUUGACCGGUGCGCCUUGUCACGGAAGUGCCGGAAAUGUUAUAGAGGAAACGAAAUGUAUUUUCGGGCGUUUUUAAAUUGAAAUGUAAUUUAUAUAACGACAUCCAACAAGAUUAACGUAUUCUCGCACCAAAACAGACGCAAAAUGUGCAUAAUUCUUUUUUAUAUGUUUUUUAGAGAUCACUUCGUUGAAGCCUAAAUUCUUAACGCUGUCUUCUUCAAUCUGUGUUUUGCGGUAGGCAGCGGCUUGGCUCUGCCCCUGGUAUUGCUGAAGUCCAUGGGCGACGGUAACCACUCACCAUCAGGUGGGCCAUAUGCACGUCUGCCUACAAGGGCAAUAAAAAAAACAACUCAAUACGGAGUAUAGGUCUCUCAAUAUGCACUCCAUUAUUUUCGGUCUCUUGCCUUUCCCGUCCAGUCCUUACCAGCUACAUUGACCAGGUCGUCUGUCCACCUCAUUGGUUGUCUACUCACCUUACGACGUCCAGUACUAGGUCUCCACUCCAGUACUUAACGCUGAGACAUUUCUUGAACACCUCAAAGUCUUAACAAACAACCAUCCUUAACAAUAAACUAUUCUGAUUAUAUUUUAAUUUAAUUAAUUAAAGAAACGCAUAGUUGUGGGUAAGGGUUAUGAGACCGCGAAGCUAGGCGCAAAAUCCUUUCUGUUGUUACGCACAAAGCGAGUUUGAAGGGUGUGACCAAAACUCAAGAUGGGUGACGGUAUUCUGGUGUAUAUGGCCUCCAGGAACUUUAGAUCUCCUCUCUUAGGAUUGCUGGCCAAUGACCCUGAUCACCAGGUCUGGACGAACGAUCGAGCUCAAUAUCAUCACAAAAAUGUGUUGAAUUUAUCAGAAAGGAAUAGAUGUACAGACGUGCUCACAGACCUACAAGUCUCAUACAAGAAGUCAUAAAAAAAUUACACGGGGUUAGCUUAAAAAAAUCUGAACUAUUCGAUUGAUCUAGCAAACGUGCUGCGAUAUAAGCUAGGUUAAACAGUAGAGCUCUGAAAACAUAAAAUUAAGAACAGUUACGUCCGUAUGCUUUUCGUAUUAAGACACAGCUAUACAGAUUUUCUCGCAAGAACUUUGAUAAUUAUGAAAGGAACAUUUUGACACAAAUUCCAUCUUGCUCACACUCAGAUGUUAAUUUAUGUAUGUGAGCGGGACGGCAAAUUAAUAUUAUACAUAUAAGUUACAGUAACGCAGUCUGUGAUUUUAAUUCUGUUCAAUUGAAAUAAAAGGUGUUAACAUUAGACCAGUGGCUCUCAACUACGCUGCCGCGGCACUUUUGUAUACCGCCAUAUUUUACCAAUUUUAUUGUUAACUAUUAAAUUAAUAUUAUUAACUUAUAAUUAAUCCCUUAAUAAACACCCUAGUAUAUUUUUACAUAUUACUUUACUUCACAUUCAAAAUAAUUAACUAUUUUAGGGUAAGCAAACAAUUUCUUUGUGUGUCGUCAAAUUUUGAAAACGUUAAAAAUGUGCCGCGAUGAAAAAAGUUGAGAAUCACUGCUUUAGAAUAAAGAAAAUUUUUUGUGAAAACUUAUACAUUUUGAAAAGAAGAUAGGUCGAUAUUUUGUCAUAUAAUUUACAACAUUAAAAUUACAUUAUUCAGUACCAAAUUCAAUUUAUUUUAUAUAAUAAUAUACCCAUAUCAUUACCUACCUCCCCUCUGGGGCAGUCAGGUAAACAAAACCAAAAACAUUCACAAGAAACAUAGCAAUAAUGACAUCUAGAACUAUCUUUAAAAACACUACUUUCAGCUCCUGUCCAUAGAGGUCACUUUAAUAAAUAAAAAUACGAAUUAAAAAUGUCAAUUUUAUUUUUAUUGGUGUCUUUCAUGUUUAAUGCUCUCUUCACCUUUAAAAUUAAGAGUAUUUAUUCAAUUUAACAAUUAAUGAUUUUUUUUUGUUAUUAUUUGUAUCAGUACUUACUUAGGUAUAAGUGCGUUGAGUCAAAGAUCUGUAUUAUUUUCUAUUUUUUAUUACUUUUACUUUAUGUAAUGUAGUUGUUAUAAAAUAAGGAAUUAUUUUCAUUUAUUUAUACUGUUUAAUACGAGGUAUUCCGAUAAUAAUCAGUAUGAAUGUUAGUUUUGUAUGUAGAACCGCUUACAUAUUGUUUUAUUGUAAAUAAUGUAAAAUGUGAACAGACAAUAGUAUUCUGCAAAUAUGAGAUUAUGCUGAUAAAUAUUUUUAUUGUGCAUUUAAUGUGUAUUUCAACGUUGCGAAACUAGCGACAUCUGUCGCUGCGUAGAAUAAAACUAAGAACACUGUUGAAUUUAUUUACAUAUUUAACGCAUUAACCAUAUAUUAAUUUUUAACAUAACAGUGCCAUUUCAUUUAUACAUAGUACUUUGUAAAAAUUACCUGAUCGACGUAAUUUAUACAUACAAAGGCUGUUUGUUUAAAAUAUGAAUCCUUCUGGAAAUAAAUAGAACUAGAAUAUCCACAUUAUGAAAUUGUAAACGAAUUUGAGAUUAAAUUUUUGUUGAUUCUUAAUAAAUUAUAAACUGGAAUUGCAAUACGUCACAUCACAAUGUAAUUAAUUUACAUCUGUAAGUUUUUUUUUUUGUUGAAGUCAAAAGUGAAUAAAACAAGAACCGAAAUAGUAA